AUGGCGGCUCAGGUUCAAGUUCAACCUCAGGCGGUGAGUGCUGGUGUCGGUGGUGCUGCUCCUGCUGGUGCUCAGCAGUUUGUGCCGACUUCAUUGUAUGUUGGGGAUCUGGAGUGGAAUGUGACGGAUUCGCAGUUGUAUGAUCUGUUUAACCAGUUAGGUCAAGUGGUUUCUGUUCGAGUUUGCAGGGACUUGUCGACUCGACGAUCGCUUGGUUAUGGCUAUGUCAACUAUGCGAAUCCUCAAGAUGCUGCAAGGGCAAUGGAGGUGCUGAACUUCACACCUUUGAAUGGGAAGGCGAUCAGAAUAAUGUAUUCUCAUCGAGACCCAAGCGUUCGCAAAAGUGGCUCUGGAAACAUAUUUAUCAAGAAUCUUGAUAAGGCAAUCGACCAAAAGGCCUUACACGACACAUUCUCUACAUUUGGCAAUAUCCUCUCCUGCAAGAUUGCGACAGAUUCAACUGGCCAAUCAAAGGGGUAUGGUUUUGUACAAUACGACGCUGAAGAAUCUGCACAAAAAGCCAUUGAAAAGCUCAAUGGCAUGCUUUUAAACGACAAACAAGUCUACGUGGGACCCUUUUUGCGCAAACAAGAAAGAGAACUAGCUGUCGACAAGACAAAGUUCACUAAUGUCUAUGUCAAAAACCUGUCCGAAUCAACAACAGAUGAUGAUCUAAACAAGACAUUUAGUGAAUUUGGAACUGUGACAAGUGCUGUUGUGAUGAGGGAUGCUGAAGGGAACUCCAAAUGCUUUGGAUUUGUUAAUUUUGAGAAUGCUGAGGAUGCUGGUAAAGCAGUUGAAGGGCUUAAUGGUCAGAAAUUUGAUAACAAAGAAUGGUAUGUUGGAAAAGCACAGAAGAAAUACGAAAGGGAACAGGAAUUGAAGCAGAGAUUUGAACAGACUAUGAAGGAGGCAGUUGAUAAAUCACAAGGGUUAAAUUUGUACAUAAAAAAUCUAGAUGAUACCAUUGAUGAUGAAAACCUCAAGGAGUUAUUUUCUUCUUAUGGUACUAUAACUUCUUGCAAGGUUAUGCGAGAUCCUAAUGGAACAAGCAAAGGUUCAGGUUUUGUUGCCUUUUCUACUUCUGAAGAAGCUUCUAGAGCACUUUUUGAGAUGAAUGGAAAGAUGGUUGCAAGUAAGCCACUUUAUGUGGCACUUGCACAACGUAAGGAAGACAGAAGGGCAAGAUUGCAGGCACAGUUCUCACAGAUGCGCCCAAUUGCAAUGGCGCCAGCUGUAGCACCACGUAUGCCAAUGUAUCCACCUGGUGGGCCAGGUUUAGGUCAACAGAUAUUCUAUGGUCAAGCUCAGCCUACAUUCAUUCCUCCACAGCCUGGAUUUGGGUAUCAACAGCAACUUGUGCCAGGUAUGCGUCCAGGUGGCGCACCAAUGCCAAACUUCUUCAUGCCAAUGGUGCAGCAAGGUCAACAAGGUCAACGCCCAGGUGGCAGGCGUGCUACUGGUCCAGGUCAGCAAAACCAGCAGCCCGUACCCCUAAUGCAGCAACAGAUGAUGCCACGUGGGAGGAUGUACCGUUACCCCCCUGGACGGAAUGUUCCGGAUGGUUCCAUGACCGGAAUUGGAGGUGGGGGAAUGGUUUCUGUUCCGUAUGACAUGGGUGGAAUGGCAUUGAGAGACACUGGAAUCACACAACCCAUUCCGAUUGGUGCUUUGGCUUCUGCACUUGCUAAUGCUUCCCCCACAGAACAGAGAACGAUGUUGGGAGAGAGUUUGUACCCAUUGGUGGAACAGUUGGAGCCUGAAUCAGCAGCAAAGGUGACUGGGAUGCUUUUGGAGAUGGAUCAAACUGAGGUUCUUCAUUUGUUGGAGUCGCCGGAGGCUUUGAAAGCAAAGGUGGCGGAGGCCAUGGAGGUUUUGAGGAAUGUGUCUCAGCAGCAGGCGGCAGCUGGUGGUGCCGCCAGUCAACUGGCGGGUCUGUCUUUGAAUGAUGGGAUUGUUUCUUAAAAACGUGUUGUGAUGUAGAAGUUUGGUUUUAGUAAGUGAAGAGAUUGAUUGUAGUUUUUUUUUUUUUUUUUUGAAGUUUGUUUGGGC